CCCUUAAAAGCUGGCUGAAGUCAUUCAUUCAUCCAUUAGAGCAUAUAUGUCACUGUAACAGUUGAAGUCAGACACAAAGGAAAAAUGAGAUCAUGCCCCCCACCAACGUCAACUAUUUCACACCAUUCUCCUUAUUCAAUGGGAGUUUUCUACACAGACAUGGGUUCUCUCUCUCUUCGCACGCUUUCAUCAUCAACAACUCUUUCUUCAUCGCAAAAGAGAAGUAAUUAUUAUACCAAGGAAAUGCAUAACCAUAAUAAUGACAAUGGAAGAGGAACAACUACUUCAAGCUUAUUUCCAUUUCAUCAUCAGUUUAUGAGGGAUUGCCGUUCUAGAAAUUUUCAAGAACACCCCUGUAAUAAUAAAGAUUCUGAUUAUGAUUCCAGUGAGGAUGGCAAUGAAAAAUUCCACAACCAUGAAGAAGAAGCAGCAGCAGCAGCAACUAAUAAGUUCAAUGAUGAUGAAGAGAACCCUAAUGAGGAGAAGUAUUGCAUGAUGAGUAGUGGGAAAGAGGUAAAUAGCAGUGAAAAGUCCAAAGUGUGUGCAAGAGGGCAUUGGAGGCCUUCAGAAGAUUCCAAGCUGAAGGAGCUUGUGGCUCUUCAUGGCCCUCAGAACUGGAACCUCAUUGCUCAGAAUCUAGAAGGAAGAUCAGGGAAGAGUUGUAGGUUGAGAUGGUUCAACCAACUAGAUCCAAGAAUAAAGAAGAAUCCAUUCAGUGAAGAGGAGGAAGAGAGGCUAAUGGAAGCACAUAGAGUGUAUGGCAAAAAAUGGGCUAUGAUUGCAAGGCUUUUUCCUGGCAGAACAGAUAAUGCUAUCAAGAACCACUGGCAUGUUAUCAUGGCCAGAUACUACAGGGAGCAAAAAUCCUUUCCUUCAAGGACCAAUAGGAAAAUCAGAAGAUAUAAUAAUAAUAACCGUCAGAGCCUUCUCUUCAGUAGAAAUAACAUCACCACCAGUACUACUAGUGGUUAUUAUGGUGGUCAGUUUAUUAAUGGUUCAGCAACUAUUACUCACAUGGCUACUGCUUGUUGGAGACAACAACAAGAUAAUAAUAAUGAAGAGGACCCUAAUGGCUUCUAUAAUCAACAACAGUUUCCUUUUGAUUAUUGUUUCUUCUCUGCUGGUAAGUGUUCUUUAUUUCAUUCAUCUCAUGUAUCUCAUGUAUUAUUUUAAUGGUGA